AGUAUCACCAAUCCAUAGAAGGACUAAUCAGAAAGAUCACAAGAAUCCUUGCUAUGUUAGGCAAUCUACACAGAGUUUGGACUGUGAACAAAUUCCAUUUGUGGUAGGUAGCGUGGUUAGGUCAUCUACACAUAGCUGCUACUGAUGCAGGCUGUGAGACACCUGUCAGUGAGGAGUAGGAGCAGGCGUGGGUCCUUCCAUGUCUCCUUCACAGAAGAAGCACAGGCCUGCUCAGCACUUUGUUGCUGCGUUGGGACAAAUGAGCAUAAAAGGUGAAACCAUGAGGUGCAUGCACACAAAGUCAGCCACUCAGAUGGAAAUGGCAUAGUGACGUGUACUGUGAUACACCACUGUGUACUCAGGACAGGAGUUCUCUCAGCCUAGCACGCUGUGAGUCAUUUGCAAGUUCAAGUUCUGGGAUGGAGUCGCUCUUUUUUUCCAUAAACUGGCUUUAAAAGUGAUUAGAGGAACCAGUAAAGAAGAAUGACUGAACCAACUACAAAGACAAAAUAGAUUUACAAUUUACAGAGUAGGCACGCAUCAAAGAAGUUGGCUUAAUAUUUCAAUCAAGAACAUGGGAAAAUGGAAGUAGUGCUUUUAACUUGCCAUAAUAAAAACAUGUAACCAACUUUUGCCUGCAUAAAACACUACAAACAGGAAAAAGGACUCUGCUGUAGGAAAGCAUUUGGAUUUAUUCUGAAUUUCCUUCACAUAAAAUGAGGACAGAAUGACAACAGUGACAAUCUAACGCAUGAUGAAAUUUACCAAAUGGAAUUUUAUUUUUUUAGUUGGUGGAAUUGUAGUUUACAUAGCUGAUAUUGGAGUGGAUUGCUGGGUUGCUAGUAAAUAUUUCUAUGAGGGACAAUAUUGUUGGGCUAUACUGAUACUCUGUUUUAGGGGCUUUUCAUCACUAAUAACUCAGAUAUUCAGUUAUCAAUGGUUUAAAAAUGACUGGAAAGGUACUGCUCCUGGGAAGCUAGAUUGGAUCUUUCUAGUUCAUUUCUUCCACUGUGGAAUUUUUAUAAGAUAUUGGUUUGCCUUGAAGUAUGGCUGCCAAGCAGCUUUUAGACAAGACAGCAGUGGAGAUGUAUCAGAAACAGACCCUCCCAACAUCAUUCAUAAACAAGCUAUUGAAGUACUGACUGAUAUUAACAUGCUCAGGGUAUUCAAGUCUUUCCUUGAGACCACACCACAGCUCUUUGUUCAGAUUUAUGUACUCAUGGAAAACAACAACCAUAAUUUCUAUCAGUAUGCUGCCAUUAUUAUUUCAUUUUGUGGUAUUUCCUUUUCAAUGGUUGAUUAUCAAAUAUCACUACGAAAAUCUCUGCCUGAUAAGGAGGAAUUGCAAGUGCUUCCCAAGUUAGUGUAUCUCUUCUAUAAACUGUUCUCCAUCACUUCUUGGAUACUCAGUAUUUCACUGAUCACUCUACUGAGUGUUAGAAGUUCUGUAAUUCUGCUGAUACUUCUUUGGAGCUGCAGUUUUGCCUGGACUUUGAAACAGCACACAACAUUUUGCAAAUCCACAGAGAUGGAAUAUCUGUACAGAACUGUUGUUGGAAUCAUUCUACUUUUUACUUUUUUUAACAUAAAGGGGAGAAAAACAAAAGCUUGCAUUUCUAUUUAUUAUGCUACUCACACCCUUGUAACUGUAGGUAUUUUGCUUGUAUGUUUGUUUUGGAAACCUGCUGUUAUCAAGGAAGUGCAUCUUACAAUUGUGAGCAUCUUAACUAUUCUCAGUCGGGUGUUAGGUAUUAUUUUUCUUGCUGUUUAUUACAAGUAUUUUCAUCCCACUACUUAUUGCAAGCAUCAGACAUUUUUUGACGAAGUGGAUAGAAGGGGAGCAGACAAUAUGGAAGUUGGUAGAUUUCAAAAUUUCAUAAUGCAAUGAUCAGUAUAGGUUUUGGUGUAGACUGCAAAGCAAAAACUUGCUGCAGAGAGUGCUUCUCUGUCUUUGUUUCUUAUGUAUUUUUACUAAGCAGCACUGGAGUUAUUGGCUCUGAAUAACUUUUCCACGAUGUAAUAUAAAGUACCUUUAUAACAUGAAUAUUUUUCUAUGUGUUAGUCAGUGUUACGUUUUCUAAAAGGAAUCUAUUUAUGCAUCCGAUCCAAUUCACUGUUUUAGUUUUUAGCAGUGCAUAUAGAACAUAGGAAAACCUAAAAGCAAGUCAAAUGAAAUUCAGCAUUACCAAUGUAUUCUGUUUAUUUAUGUUAAUUCUGUUAAAAGCAAGGCUUAAUUUUCUUGCUGGAAGGAAAGAGAAAUAUUGAGGGGUGAUGAUCUGUGAGCUGGCUGUUUCUUCCCAUUACUGUAAGAGUUGCAGUUUUUAUAUAAAUGAGCAUAGAUACAAACUUCACUGCCUCCUCCUUAAACAUCCCGUGAAGAAGAAUGGCUUUGAUUUAUGACCCAAUCACUGUCAUGCUACAAGAAAACAUGAGGAGUUAUUUUAAAGCAUUUUAUCUUCUAGGUGUUUUAAUGACUCCUUUAUUGCUUUUGUUCUGCCAAUCUUUCACACACCCCUUAUUUAGGAGCGAUGCCAGUUUGUUGUUCUGGACUAUAAUAGCAUCUUGAGUGAUUUAUUGACAGCAAUACCUGUCUCAGAAAUAAAGGAAGAGCUAUCUUCCUUGAAGCUUUCCUAUGCUCUGAGCUCCAGGAUAUAAUACUUAAAUGCUAGCUUCCACUGAAGGACGAAGCUAUGCAAGGUAUGAAGUGGUACAGUUUCUUUAGCCUUUGCCACCAGCCACAGCUUUUUCAGAAAUAAAACCUAAGGUGAAGUCUCUCAGAGCUGCUGGGUUUUUGAGUAAUUUGAGUAACGAAAAAUGGGCUUCUCUCCUCUGAUAAUUCACAUUUCCAAUUAGCAUAGCCACAGGCAAAGGGAGGAUACAGCGCUUGAGAAAGGAGACUAGAGAUAAGCACAGCUGAUAAACUUUGCCAGGAACAAAAUCUAUUAGAAUUAUUGAUUGACAGCAAACAUCUCUUAAACUCUAGGGGGAGGGCUGAUGCUUUGGUUGAUACUUAGGGUGCUGAAGAGUUGUUUUCUGUGCUGCUUCGGCAGCAAAAUACAUGAUUUUAGUGUGAAUAUACUACUCUUUUUCUACAUUAAAUAAAUAAAUAGGAUUCUAAAUAAUGAAGACUAAAAUCCCUUUAUUUCUGUCUACACUUUUAUUGUUUGUUCAUCUGAAAUCAUGAGGAAGGGAUUACGGGAAGGUAGGGUAGGAAAGUAAGAACAUCAUCUUGCAGAAAAACUACUUUUUCCUUUUCCUAACUACUACUUGGAAGAAGACCUCGAAUCUUGCACAUUAUCUGGGAAGCAGAUCUCUAGGGAAACAUGAGCUUCUGAGAAACUGAGUGUCAGACUUCCAGCCCUGGGGCCUCCAGGUUGUCUGCCUGCUUGCCAGAUGCCAGAAACGUGGAGCCUGAGUUGUGCUGGAGGAAGGUUAGUUUAUGCUGAAACAAAGCAAACUUGUCCUAAUGACUUUUUUUUUCCCUCCCUUUCAGUAAACUGACAAAUCCCAACUGAAAGUAUUUCAUUGUCAUAUCUCUCUCUGAUUCUUAACACUUUUUUUUUUUCCUUCCAUGAAAAUAAAUGUGUACAGUGUGCUGGCUUCUAUUUCUCCCCUUUUGCAUUCUCCUUAUGUCUCAUCAUUCCCCCUUCUGAGCUACAGAAGAGGAAUGUUAUGUGGAAGUUAAUUCGGCAACAAAGGGAUCUAUAUCAUAAUUUAUAUCACACUAGCACACACACACCUUACACUUAACUUUCAUUCCCCAUUUUAUGCUUGUGCGUUCUUGAGGAUCCAAGUUCAUUCUUACUCUAAACUUUGGAACACAUCCUUUGGGAAGCCGUAUGGGUUCUUUUCAUAAAGCUUAAGCAGAUCUUUGGUACCCUACCAAAGAUAGCAAAAUGAAAAUCUCCAUUUUGCCACUAUCAGUCAGAUGAUCUUGAAGAAAAGUGAAGUGAAUUCUUGUCAGCAUAUCCCUUGUAGACUUUUUUCCCCACAGUUUGAAUAUCCUUCCUUUCUUCCUGACCUUGCAUUCAAUAUUUUCUCUUAAUCAAUGAAUUCAAUGACUUUGAAUAUCAUCCUAAUUCAUUAGGUCAUCCUAAUUCAUUAUAGCAGAGAGGGAAAGGCAAGAAAUUAUAUGGAUUGGUUAUAGACACAUUUCAUACCAUCAGAGGCCACUCAGUCAAAACAAAUAAACCCCCACUUCACCAAGGUGUAAAGUUCAAACAAUAGAUAUUAUACAUGUCCUUUCUGUUCCCUGACUACUCUUAAAAUUCAGCUGCCACUCAGUUUAUGCAUUGCAUCUGACCUUGUCAUUUUAUUCUAACUGCAAAUUGAAAACAAAUGUUUUUUCUUUCUUUUUUAAAGAACAUUUUUUAGGUCCAUUACAUCUUACAAGAAGUAUUUUAAUAAGUUAAAUAAAAAUAAUAAACAAUUUCUUCCUGUUUUGACUACUGUCAGGCCUAAGUAAGAGGGACAACAUUCAGAGUUGUUUUAAGUAUCCUACUAAUAUUCAAUGUGGUAUUUGAUGGCAUUGGUGAGCUCACCUGAUGUACCACAGAUAGCACUGAUUUAUGAAGCCAUAAUUGGGGUUCCAAUAAACAUUUGUCAAAAUAAUGUAUUCAUUCAAACCAAAGUCUUCUUUAUUUAUUCAUAUAAAAGAGCACUUAACUUUCAACAAAGAAUUGCUAGCCAUCAAAAACACUCCAUAAACAGAGGAAAUUUAUGAAGACGCAGUACCAGAGGGUGAUCAGUGAAAGACUAAAGUUCACUUUAACUCUUCAGGGUGCUCCACUCUGCCUCUUCCUUGUUUUUUUGGACUGUACAUAUUUCUUCCUAAGAGCCCCAAGCCCAGAGGUUAACCUUUGUAUAUUUACACAUUCAAAGUACUAGUCAUCUUUUCUACCAUAGUCUGAUAUCUCAAAGACUUUCAAACCUAUGAUCUUUCAUUUUCAUUAUAUGGUGUAGAAGUACGUAUGCAACACAAAGGUAGUUGGUUUUAGGCUUACCAACAUUUUUGCCUGAGCCUGAAGCAGUGUAUGUACUUGUAUGUCAUUCCAGCUGAAUAAUUUUCCACAUUCUGCCUCUCUCCACUCUUCUGUAUUUCCUUCCUAUUAGUUUAGCUUAAUUUUAUAGAUUUUUUUUUUUUUUUAGUAGAGGGAUAGCAAAAUAGCAGAGAUGUACAACUGAUAAUUGAAGUACAGAUAUCCCAUUGGGAUCCAUCUUCUUCAGAUUUUUGUUUUGUUUUUAAUCUCCAGAUGUCUGGCAUUUAACAAAUAGGAAUCAGUGAAGAUCCUUUCUAUGAGAGUCUUACAUUCAUCAGCUUAGCAAGAAUGCACCUUGUUAGGUUAAUGACCAGCACUUUAAACUUUCCUUAACCUGACAACUGUUGAAACUACAAACUGCACCAGCCUUUUGAUAUUAUGUGUUGUAGCUAGGUUAUGCAUGUGUUUGUAUUUUCAGGAACAUUUUUGUUUUUGAGUACACACAUUUGUAAAUAGUAGAGCAGAAUAAGAAACCAUAGUAAAGAUUUCAGGUGAACAGUCAUGUCUUAGUUAAAUGAUAGAUUCUUAUUUCACCAAUCUCAAUAUACAGUCUUCAUCAUUAUUGUCACUGUUACUGGCACUUUGUCUAGAAGUUCAGGAUGACAUGAUAAGGAAGAACUUAUGUCAAUUGGAAUGAGAAUAUAACGAAAAGUUGUUAGUAAAGUCCUCUGUACUUGUACUAGAUUUUGCUUAGAUUUAAUUUGCCAACAUUAU